AUGUUCACGACGAGAAUAUUAUCGCUGAUAGCGAUUGCGACCAGUGCGUUGGUGCAGGCACAUACAGUGAUAACAUAUCCGGGAUGGAGAGGUGAUAAUUUGGUUACGAAUGAUACUUUUCCUUAUGGAAUGCAGUGGAUGUAUCCUUGCGGCGGCAUGCGCACGACCACCAACCGCACCCUCUGGCCCAUCACCGGCGGCGCCAUCGCCAUCCAACCCGGCUGGUUCCAAGGCCACGCUACCGCCUUCUUCUACAUGAACCUUGGUUUCGGCACCGAUGGUCCCGACGGUGGUCCCCCCAACAUGUCUAAUCCCAUGACAUCCGUUAUGCAAAUCGUUGGACCCAGCAAAAAUCCUUACCCUGGAACUUUCUGUUUACCACAAGUUCCAUUGCCUGUCAAUACGACGGUGAAUGUUGGAGAUAAUGCGACGAUUCAGGUGGUGGAGACGGCUAUUCAUGGCGCGGCGUUAUAUUCUUGCGUCGACAUAACCUUCGCCAACCCCCGCGACGUAGCCGAAGUAAACAGCUCCAACUGUUUCAACUCCUCCCAAAUCUCCUUUGCAAACGUAUACACCAUCAACGACGCCCAAGCAGCCGGUACAUCCGACGCCGUCACCUCGAGGACUUUUCACGCCGGCUUAUUGGCUGGUGUGUUGGGGGUAGUCAUGUGGGGAUCAUUGUGA